AUGGGGCACUGCAAAUCCAAUUGCCGCAAGCUCGAGCGUAAGAAUCGUGCGCAACAAGGCCACGGAACAAACGAAUUAUCCUCCCUCCCCUCAGAUUUACGUUCAUCUAUGCCACCUUCACGGCGCGUGGAGCCUUCCCAAAACGCAGUUGACCCCCAGCCCACACUUCCUUCACAGGCUACCCAGGAAAGUACCAUGAAUUCCUGGGAACUAGUCCCAAGUGUUGUUUUCCCGAACCUUCACAACACGAUUUGUCAGUUGACUUCGGGUCUCGCGACUGAUCCCGAUGUCUACCUGCAACGACUUCCAUACCAUUCUGUGAUUACAGGUCAUGGAGGUCCACAGAAGAUAGCCCAAAUGUUGCUGUAUCUUCUUAGUGUCCAGGCACGUCAGAAUAAUAUUUGGAGCCCAAAUGGAGGCUACGUGGACAUCGUCACAGACUCAAGAAACAACGAAUACUGGCGUGCCUAUCCUGGUCAGUCUAAGGAACCACCAGGUCGUAUCAAAAUCCACAAUCGGGCAAUUCUGCGCGGAUCUAGGAGCACACUGCAUUAUUAUGUCAUUGCGCAGGGACAAGGGUAUCGGGCAGCGAACUGGCUUAAGCUCUGGGAAGUACCAGCGGAUACUCAGCUAUCAUGCACCUCUCGAGCCGUAGCUCUCAAUGUCCUGGAAAUGACGAUGUGUUGCGCUUUUCAAUCACUUCCAGGGAGCACUCUGGAGGCUUAUUAUGGGCCAAGGGAGGAUGGGAAACCUUACUCCAAUCUUGGGUUAAAUAUCAUUCCUCCUGUUCUCCAAGGACUUUCUCUUGGACCUUCAGUACGAAAGUCCUUCUCCCUUGGCUUGGAAAAAUCCCCAGAUCCCGACAUCAAUGGAUGGACCCAAUUCCGUUACGAGUACGGAAAAAAGGCUGAGAAGCCCAAUAUCAUCUUUCAGCGCCCGCUAAUGCGAUCCUCUGAGUUUCAUGCCCGGUUUCAAGACGCAAUUCAGCAUCUCCAGCUAAGGCAGUCCUUCUGUGGCAGUGAAUCCCUACCACACUCAGCUUCAAACAAUUUCGGGCUUUUGAGCCAGUUACAAGAAGACCUAGAGCCGAUAGGCCUUCCCUGGGUCCCGCCUAGCGGAAAGUUUGAAGCGCUGGUCGGCUUUGCACUGGAAGAUUUUCUUGAUGCAGAAUCAGAAUACACAAGCAACACAAAGAUAUCUAUUCCGUGCCAAUUUCAGGAUAGUGGCUGGAACAUGAAGAACUCCCUCACCUGGGCUGCAAACCCUAUUAAGAGAGAUUUGACUGAAAUGACGCAGUUCUUCCGGUCAACCCAGGAGAGUGAGACUGAGUCGUUUAUUCGGUUCAACCAAUCAAUUAUCCAACAUAGUGGAUUACGGGUGGUUCUUAUGUGUGGACGUGCAGUGCAGGAUCUUGUUCUACCCACAGAGCGCGAGGAAACUCGCCUUCAGCUAGAAGCUGGGGAUUUUCCUAUGUUUCUUGAGAUCGAAAACGAAGCUAUCAAACGGGUCUAUAUUCUGAUACCUAAUCCAAUUGAUGCAUUUCUCCACCGAGAAUGGCGCAAAACUCACAAAAUAUCCGAGGCGCUUCAUUUCACAUCUGCUAUCACCAUGACAGUCGGUAUUCGCCCCUACGCCGGUGAUAAUGGAUGCGUCCUGACAAAGGCCAUCCGAGAUUACAUGGAUGAACGGAAAGGAAUUCAGGAACCUUUAACGCUCGAAACUCUUCACCCAAUGACUCGCCUAUGGCUUACACGUAGAGGAUUUGCGAAAGACGAAGACAUCUCUCUCUUGCAAGAAAAAGGAGGCGGGAGUCUCAGCAACGCAAUCCUCGUCUUGCUACAUAUAAGCCCACGUCAUUUUAAAAAUACCCCCACGACGUCCUCUAUGAGCUCAUUCCGCAGAUCAGAGAAACGCCAUGCCCCAGAGUUUAGGAUUGAUAAAGCGCAACUUGAAGCUGUUCGGGAUCUCUGUUGCCAAUUGAGUAAGAAGCUACCGGUUGAUUUUGACCAUCCUAGCGAUGAUUUAAUCCAGGAUGUCAGAUCCAGGGAGGAAGAAUUGGAAGAUGAUGUCGGGGAGGCUGAUGUUCUUGAAAGAGAAGACCUGGAAACUUCUCGGAUUUGUGUUGAUGACCAUGGAACCUUUACACUUGUCACCGAGACCCAAGUCACUCCAUGGGAAAGGAAAAAGCCCCGUGCUGGUGCUUCCGAUCGAAGCUUCACCGUUGGAAAUAAAACUCGAGAAGAACUCUUACAAGGCCGCAAAUAUCUCGGGACUCGGAGAGGGCAGGGAAUGUUUGUUGUAACAAUACAUUCAUGCAUUCAUCUUUUUCUUCGUAUUGAGGAGCCUCCGCGGGAAGUCAUUGUUAGAGCCGAGAUUAAGCCACCCGGCCAGCGACAUCCACACGUAUGGGCGCAAGAAACGCUCGCGACGGAUCCUGGGUCACGGUUGGCUUUUUGCGUCAUGUACACAAAGGAUGCCUUGGAAACAUCAUACUACGUGACUUCAAAUGCGGUCAGAGAUCUCUAUAAGGCCAACUCAUUCGUUCACUGGAUGGAGGGUGAAGGCGUUGCAGAGAUUAUUACAAGGCCAAGGCAGUUUGUUGUUGUGAGUUCAUUGACCAUAACCCUUCCUCGGGGUAUCUCACAGCCCGGCUCUUUCUACACGGACGACUGCGGUACCUUAAUCCCUGCCGAAGAUUUCAACUCAGACAAAAAGCGCAAAAUAGAUGCAGUAUGA